CGACUGCACAUGGGCGCGCGGCCGGGGCGCGCAGCGCAGAGCGGGCGGCGGGAGCGGCGCGGGUGGCGGUGGAGCUGCAGCUGCGCGGCGGUGGGGCCUUUCCCGCUCCCCUGCUCCGGCGGCCUCCAGGUGCCCCUCAGAGCCGGGCUCGGCUCCGCGCCCUUUGCACCGCACUCCGUAGCGGCGCCGCGAGAGGAAGGGGAAGGAACCGCUGCCGCGCAGCUGCCCCGAGGGAAAGCCCACCAUGUCGCGGCCGCUCCCGCUGAACCCCACCUUCCUACCUCCCACCUACGGGGUGCUGAAGUCCCUGCUGGAAAACCCGCUCAAGCUGCCGCUCGCUCACGAAGACGCAUUUGGUAAAGAAAAAGAAAAAGAGAAGAAGUUAGACGAUGACAGCACCAGUACCACAGUCCCUCAGUCAGCUUUCUUGGGCCCAACAUUAUGGGACAAGACACUGCCAUAUGAUGGAGACACUUUCCAGUUGGAAUACAUGGACCUGGAAGAAUUCCUCUCAGAAAAUGGCAUUCCACCCAGCCCAAACCAGCACGAGCAUAGCCCACAUCAGUCAGGUCUCCAGCAAGCUACCUCAGCAUCACCUUCUGUCAUGGACCUCAGCAACAGGGCUUCUACUUCAGUCCAUCCAGGCAUGGUGUCGCAGAACUGCAUGCAGAGCCCGGUCAGACCAGGUCAGAUCUUGCCAGCAAACCGAAACACACCAAGUCCCAUUGAUCCUGAGACUAUCCAAGUUCCUGUUGGCUACGAACCUGACCCUGCAGAUCUUGCUCUUUCCAGUAUUCCUGGCCAGGAGAUGUUUGACCCUCGUAAGCGCAAAUUCUCUGAAGAAGAGCUGAAACCACAGCCGAUGAUUAAGAAAGCUCGCAAAGUCUUCAUUCCAGAUGACCUGAAGCAGGAUGACAAAUACUGGGCAAGGCGUAGAAAGAACAACAUGGCUGCUAAGCGAUCGAGGGAUGCCCGCCGGCUGAAGGAGAACCAGAUCGCCAUCCGCGCCUCCUUCCUGGAGAAGGAGAACUCGGCUCUCCGCCAAGAGGUGGCUGACUUACGGAAAGAGCUGGGCAAAUGCAAGAACGUCCUUGCAAAGUACGAAGCUCGACACGGCCCCCUGUAAAUUCAAGGGGGGGAGUGGGGUUUUUUUUCUUUUUUCCUUUUUUUUUUUUUUUUUUUUUUUUUUGUUGCGGGUUGGCAUUUGAAUAGAUGGACAAUGUGUUUCCUGUUUGAUAGCACCACGCCCAAACCAACCUUUCUGUCUUCAGCACUUUACCAGAAGCAGAAACAAAACUGACUUACGUUAUUUUUUUUUUUGUUUGCGUAUGCGUGUACCUGCGUAUGUGUGCACGUGUGGUCACACGUCUGUGUAUGUGUGUGUGUGUGUGUGUGUGUGCGCACGCAUCUCAGCACUUCCCAUUUUUAUGAAGCCCUCUUCAAAGGGUGCCACAUUUUUACCUGGACUGUUGAGAACCGCCAUAGUAAGCUUUUUAUUAUAUUUUUUCAGUGCUGCUUCAGAGUAGGGUUUUUAUGUUAUUGUAACCAGUUCCAUCCUCCUGAUUUACUUGGAAAGAUCCCAGUAUAAAUUAUAAAAAAAGGAAAAAAAAAAAAAAAGAAAAAAGAAAAAAAAGUAGAUCUCAGUUUUUUCAAGAGUAACAAGCUAUUGUUUAAGUAUGUCUAAUCAGAAAAGUAAACAUGCUAAUAAAGUGCACAAAUAAUAAUUUAGUACUACACUGCAGAAAUAUUAAUUUAUAGAUUGCUUUUGUUGUAUUUUAAGUUUUGGUGAUAAUUGUCUUCAGAUUUAAAGUGCUGUUAGACUGAGUUAGCUGUACUCAUUCUAGAUCCCCUCAUGGCUUCUCUGUAGCUGUUAAGGUUCCCGUGUGUCCCCAGACCCCGGGUAGGUAGCAGGACUCUCCCUAGACCGCAGGGUGUGUAUUUUGCACUGUCUGUACCUGAAGCAAUAAUCCUAUUGUACGCUAGCGCGCAUGCUGCCCGGAUGUUCCUAGUGGACGUAGGAUGGUUUCCCUACCCAACAGGAGUUUUAAUGUCUUUAACAAAAAGUUAAAAAGUAAAAGACACAUUAAUGUGAGCAUGCUAAUUGUGUCCCUGCCAGAGGGAGCGCAUGUAUACGAAGCAGGAUAAUUAGUUGAAAUGAGAACAAAAAUAAUGGUAUCAAAUCAGAUCUGAUGUCAAAAUCAGAGGGGCUUUUCCGUUUUCAGUUAGUUAUGCAUUUCUUCAAGUUCCCUUUUGUGAUUAAAAAUUAAAUAAAUACCUAAAUUCAGUUGUUUUUUCCCAUGUUUUGUAAUAUAUUUUCUGUGGAUUAUAUCUUGCUGUUUUAAAAAUCACUUUUAUUCAGUUAGAAGUUGUCACUGGUUUGCAAAGCCCAUUUUUCCUAGUGAUUGUUGUUUUGAGUGUGACAUGAACUGAUGGUUCUGAACUUUAUUGUUUUAAACUCUCUCUUUGCUUUUGAACACGUAUGUUCUAAUAUAAAGUGGACUUCUGAAAAAUGAAUGUAAGAGACACUGGUGUAUUUCAGAAGGGGAUGGUGUUGUCAUAUACUGUGGUUAAUCCAAUCAAUCUAAGUGUUUACUAUAGACCAAAAGGAUAGAUAUUAUAAAAUGUAUAAAGUUUAUACAGAAUAAUUAUAGUAUGUUCGUUUUGUACAGUAUUUUUCAAGUACAAAUACUGACAAUGUAUUUUGAAAGACAUAUAUAUAGCAAAAAGAAAAAGCUAUUCCAUGUUUAAAAUAUAUAGCAAAGAUAUAUAUUCUCCAUUAUUGUACAGAAAGGAAAUGCUUAGGGGUUUGUUGGUUGCUGUUUGUUUUUUUAAAUCCUUAAUAUUUUAAGCCUACCACUGGCACACCGGCGUGUUCUGUGCUUUAAAUUAAAUUUUUAUGGAAGUAAUAUGGCUUUCUAGGAUGUUCCAUAUUACUGAAAAAGAGAGACUUUAUUAUUUUCCAUCAGAAACACAUAAAGAAACUCUUUAAUAGGGACAAAGCACAACGUGGUUUUUAGUAAACUAUUGAUUGGACAAUACAAUAUUUUGUAAAGGCAGAAAAAUAAUAUAUAACACAAAAAAAAAAACAACUCGUAAUUUUUAAUCUGCUGCUAGAAUCUGGUUCCAGCUGAAAUUUUUUUUAUAAGUAGUUCUGUUCAUUUAUACAGUUGUACGUACUGCAAACGGUUACUAACAUGUGAGGAAAAUAUGGUGCUACAUGUCUUGCUCACAGUUUUCUAAGUGUUUUGACAUUAUUUUAAAAUAAAAAGGUUGUUCAUUCCAUUAGAUCACUGUUCAUGCUUCAGGAGAUUGUUACAAAAUUCUCAACAUUUUGUGCAGCAUUUAAAAUACCCUUGCAUCAAUGGCAUUUUUCCAGUAUUUUUCCUCAAAUAUACUCAACUGGUCAGUGUCCCUUGAUGUGCAGUACUUGCCUGUGGACCAUUUAUUCGUCAAAUUGAAUUUCUGCGUGCUGCAGUAAAGUGUGGUAAGUUCUUUCCUAAAGGUCAGUAUAAACCAUCGGACGCAUGGGUAGAGAAAUGCGCCUGACAGUGUUUGGCACAAGUCAGUGUAUAGCCACUAUGAAAUAAACUUUCUUUUUUUUCAUUUUUCAUUUGGAAAACACGUGGCCACGGCAGGGCUCAGGCAGGCUCAGCCAGGCGCUGCAGUGGAUACCCUCUUGGCAGCAGCCCAGCGACUGGCACCAGUGUAGAGUCGCCCUCGGGCUGGUCGGGUGGGGGGGCGCUGGCCCAGCAGGAGCCCUGGGGUGAGACCCGUGGGUGCUGCACCUCCUAGAGCUGUCCUGGCUUGCCUUGAGACCACAAAACUCUCUUUAAAAUGGAAAAGACAGCUUGGAAAGCAAUUACUUUGUUGUUUGGGGGGCAGGGCAGGGUGGGAGGUGGUGGUUUUUAUAGGCUGGAUGUCAGAUUUAUGAGUCAUGGCCACAGAGGAGCCGAGAGGUGCCCAACAGCCCCAGAGCUGGAGGGUGCUGGGCUGGCGGGCAGGCAGGUGCCGGCGGCUUCUCCUGCCCAAGGCUGAGGCACUCGCCCCUUGCUGUGGGAGUGAGGUACCCUGGCUCCUCUGAAAAGCCCGCGCUUAAAAAGAGAGCGAAGGGGAAAAAAAAAAAGGGGCAAAAUAUGUGGGCUAAAACUUGAAAAAAACCCCAGGCUCUCUAACCAGGCUGUCUCUCCAAAAUGACAAUAACUAAAGAAAUUACAGUUUUGCUCAUUUUCAGUUCCCAAGGACAGCUUAGCUGGGCUCGUCACACCUCUGAUGGCUUUGUUGCUCAUGAAGGAGCUUGUAGGUAUAUGAAAUUGUAAUUUUAUAAAACUAGAAAUAUAUAUAUUUGCAGAAUAAUUCAUAGCGUGUCUAAAUAAUUCACUGACCUCUAUGAAACCAUAAGCAUUGGUAAAGUGCUUGUCUUCUUUUGUUUGUUGUUUUAUGCUGAAACUUAGAAGUGAAUUCUUUCUUUUUAAAAAAGAAUGCCCUCUCAAAAGAAAUUGAAUUUGAGACGUAUAUGUGAAUAUGAGCACCUUGGGGCUCUCCGUGGGAAAGCCCGUAGCAGAGGAAGCAGCGGGGGAAUUAUUUUUUUCCUUUUGAAUGGUGCUGAAGUCACUAAACCUAGCACCAUGGAAAUAAAGUUCUGACUUGAAUCCACAAAAGCAAGAAAUUCAAAAUGAAAGGAAGGUGCCUGAGCAGGGCUUCGUGCUUGACUUGCUCCAUUGUGCCUACACGGCCCAGCAGAAACGCGCCCUGUAACUGCGAGCGUGAGUGGGUUGGGGUCAGCAGUGCCUGAAGGACCCUGAGCAUUUGAAUAUCUUGCCUCUGUGGGUUUGUAAUAACCCCAAUUAUUGCUUUAAAACUAUUUUUGCAUGUAAUUUACAAUAGAGCUGUGCAGUUUAUUUUUAUUUUGACUUUUUUUAUGUGAAGAAAAAAAAAAUGUAUUAAAACUUACAAGUGAUCAACCAUUGUAUUUCUGGCAACACCACAAGACAGCAUCUGUUUAAAUACAAGUUUAACAAAUAAGAUCAAAUUAACUGUAUGACAUGAAAUGGAUUGCAUCCUGUAUGCUGUUUAGCCCAAAUCUUUUUUUUUUUUUUUUUGUCUGUUAUUCUUAAUGUUUAAUAAACUUUUAAAUUUUUCUUCUCUGA